AUGAUGCUCUUCUUACUCUGUACCCUUCUCGCCUUCUUCUCACAAGCACUGGCAAUAUGGCCUGCUCCUGUAUCUAUGUCGACGGGCAACUCGGUGUUGUGGAUUACUUCUGAUGUCAAAGUGACCUAUAAUGGUCGAAGCGUAUGGUGGAUUCCUUUCUCUGAUAAUUUUUCAAACAGUCAAACUGAGCAGUUCUUGGGUGUACAGUCUUCCUCCAUCGGAUAUGGCAGUGGUGGUGCUUUAUCAAGUCAGUCCAUCGUGCAACAGGCGAUUACACGCACAUUAGACACUCUCUUCAAAUCAAGCCUAAUCCCUUGGAAAUUGGUUGCGCGACAUGAGCUCGCCAAAUUCGAGCCGGCAGUCAACUCUAAUUCCGGGGUAUCCAUCAAAGUGAUAACAAUCAUUCAAACCGGCAAGGACAAUUCAACAAGUUAUAAACCCCUGGAUGGCGAGCUUGAUGAGUCUUACAACCUAACAAUUAGUACUAAUGGGGAUGCUCGUAUCACGGCGGUAUCUGCAGUUGGAAUCUUGCACGCGCUUGAAACCUUCACCCAGCUUUUCUAUCUUCAUUCUUCCGGAAAUGGUCUCUAUACAAACAUGGCGCCCGUUGCUAUCUCUGACGCGCCAAAGUUCGCUCAUCGGGGCAUGAACCUGGAUGUUGCUCGAAACUGGUAUCCUGUGCAAGACAUUAAGAGGACGAUUGAUGCGCUUGCUAUGAACAAGUUCAACAGAAUGCAUAUUCAUAUAACAGACUCUCAAUCAUGGCCAAUAGAAAUUCCAGCUCUUCCUGAGUUAGCCGCCAAAGGUGCUUACCAGACAGGGCUAAGCUACAGUCCAAAAGAUAUUCAGGACAUUCAAAUUUACGGUAUCUUGCGUGGGAUCGAAAUCUUCUUAGAAUUCGACAUGCCAGGUCACACCACAGCAAUUAGCUUAGCCUAUCCUAAUCUCAUCGCCGCAGCUAAUGCACAUCCUUGGGACACAUACUGUGCAGAACCACCUUGUGGCUCGCUAAAGCUCAACGAGCCAGCGGUCGACCAGUUUCUUGAUACAUUAUGGAACGACCUUCUACCAAGAAUUUCACCGUACAGCUCUUACUUUCAUACAGGUGGAGACGAAGUAAAUACCAAUACAUAUCUACUCGACCCUACUGUCAAGUCUAGUGAUAAAGCUGUCAUUGGCCCGCUGAUUCAAAAAUUGGUUGACCGAAAUCACGCGGCACUUCGCAAGAACGGACUGACUCCAAUUGUCUGGGAAGAAAUGCUUUUGGUCUGGAAUCUCACCCUCGGAUCGGAUGUUAUCGUACAAGCAUGGCAAAGCGACGAGAACGUUGCUUUAAUUACGGGUCAAGGCCACAAGGUACUGGCUGGAAACUACAACUCCUGGUACCUCGACUGUGGAAAAGGACAAUGGCUAGACUUUGAUAACGGAGCAUCAUUCAAGCAGUUUUAUCCAUUCAACGAUUACUGUUCUCCUUUCAAGAACUGGCGUCUUGUUUACGCUUAUGACCCUCUUGCAGGCGUACCAGCUGCUGAGCAGCAUCUAGUCUUAGGGGGAGAAGUCCACAUGUGGUCUGAACAAACCGACCCAGUCAACCUCGAUGGUGCUGUAUGGCCAAGAGCAAGUGCAGCAGGUGAAGUACUCUGGUCUGGAAGACAAGAUGCUUCGGGUCAAAACAGGAGUCAAAUCACUGCAAGCCCAAGACUGGCAGAAAUGAGAGAACGUAUGGUUCUUCGUGGUAUCCAAGCUGGGCCUGUCCAGAUGGUAUUUUGCACGCAAAACAAUGCGACGGAAUGUUCGCUGUAG